AUGCUGUCGGUGGACGCGACUCCGCCAGCUGCAGCUGUCGCAGCUCCAAUCGUACCCGCCUCCCAAAUACUGCGUCUCUUACAGCAGGCGUCUCGCGAGGUCAGAGAUCUGGAUCUGGGUCGCUCCGUGGACCGCGUGGAUCUCCUGGAUCUGACUCCCCUGAGGUUCGCGACGGAAUACGUCCAGAGGAACAAGCCCGUGGUCAUUACGGGAGCUAUCAGUUGCUGGCCCGCCAUGACGUUGUGGGGGGAGCGCUACCUGGAGUCACAUCCCGCGGGGGAGACGGUUGUGACGGUUGACGUAACGCCCAACGGCAGAGGGGAUGCAAUUACGACCGUUACUGACCCCGCCACGGGCGAGCUCCGUCGCUGGUUUGUGACCCCCCACCAGCGGCGCAUGACCCUUCGGCAGUUCUUCCACUUGAUGAGGCACCAGAACAGCAAUCUGAGUGAGGAGCUGGGGCUACUGCUGGGCGACAUAGGGCCCGGAAUACCCUGGGCGGAGGAAGUGUUCGGGGGGCCCCCCGAGGCGACCAACAUCUGGAUUGGGGACGGCCGGAGCGCCACCUCCUUCCACAAAGACCAUUACGAUAACCUCUACGCUGUCAUCCGGGGCACCAAGUUGUUCACGUUGCUGCCGCCAUGUGACGUGUACCGAAUGUACCUCACUCGUUGCCCCGCCGCCGUCUACAUGCCGCGGUGCGACGUCCCACCCGGCGGCAUGUACGGCGAGGUGUCGCCACAGCCCGGCGGCAUGUACGGCGGCGGCGGCAGCUCGUCGCACAUCCUCCGAGACGCCGCCACUGUCCCUGCCGCCAGCACCCCUGCCGUCAGCACCCCUGUCCGCUCCGCAGCCAAUGACAACAGCGCCCUGGGGGGGGUUACGGCGGUGCCUGGGAGGUUGGAGGGGGGGAGGGGGGCGGUCUCGGUUUCGGAGCAGCCCGCUGCUGACCCGACCAGGCUUGUGGCUGUCCUGCAGGAUCCAGGCGACGAGGUGCUGUGGAGUGCCGUGGAUACCACCGUACAGGGUGCGGGAGGGGAUCCUGUCACGAGGAGGACUCAGCUGCUGUUCUUCGGUCCGCUCGAGGACGGCGGCGGCGCUGCCCGGAGUCCGGCAGGCAGCAGUGGCGAUAGCAGUGAUAAUGAUAGUGACAGUGACAGCAGUCUUAGCGACCCAUGGGCCACCGCAGGAGGUCCGCCCCUCAUCGUAGAGGUGGGCCCCGGUGAGGUGCUCUACCUGCCCUCCCUGUGGUACCACCAGCGGACCACGAGGCGACUGCUAGCGGUGGACGUGGUCGUGGCUGUGGUGCGGCUGCUAACGGACAAGAUCCGCUGGGCCACCCUGGCCGACAUUUCCAAAACCGGCUUAUCAUGUGCUGCUGUACUGUCGUGCAGAAGCGUCCAAGAUUGGGAGCUCAUAGCGACUUCUUGCAUCGACAUGCAGGACAAGCUUCCGAAGCACCAGCACCAGGUUCCCCGUGUGCAAUUAACAUUUCUGGAACGGCAAACACCCGGGAACUAGCGCCGGCAGUACGGCAUGGUGGAAAGUUUGGCAGUUCCACUGCAAUCCAUUACUCAUAUCGUAUACUGUGUCUACGCGGCAUGAGGGAGUUAUAGGGGUCGGUGGCGCAAUGAUAUGCUCUGCUGGUCCUAUCGGCAUUUUAAGGCGUCCAAUUUACGUGCGUCCCCCCACGCGCACACGGCCAACGCAUAUACCUCGGUGACUGGCACACAUCACAUGGCACAUCACACCUACCCGUGUUGCAUAUAAAUAAAUACUCCUGUGGGCGACGGGCGUUCGCGGAGGUACCGAGGAAAAACAAAUCCUCUCUAUACCCUUGUACAGCCCUGAGACAGUCAAGCCGCCCGAAAGUAGUACGUACAUCCAUCACCUCAAACUCGGGCCUAACAGACAGAUCUGAGUACGCAUAACAGUAUAAAACCAACACCUGUCGUAUGACCUUCCUCGGCCUCACCAUGCGCAGCAUGUGUAUUAUAUGUAUAUAUAUCGUACAACGGUGUAGCCGGCAUUUAAACAGUCCUCGAGAUAUUGCUGCAUACAUUCGCCUUCAUUCGGCCCGCCACUUUGCUCCCAUACACCUAUACUCGCUAACCACUAUUAGGGCGUCUCCGAAUGUGCAAUGUAGAGAGAGAGAGAGAGACAGCGAUAGUUAGGUAAAGAGGCAGCCCCCAGGUCCCCAAAAAUUGUAACAAAAAAUAUUCUCCUGCCCACCCAUCCAUCCAUCCACCCCCCUCCGUCAACCAGCCUCAUGCCUGCCACACCGCACUUUUUCCCCUUUGCCGCCUAAAAAUAGUGGCCACUGCAAUCCCAAUGGGCGCAUCUACAACACCCACUCCUGGGCAGGCUCCCGCGACCACCUUCACCGCCCCGCGCACCUGCCACCAGCAUCUAACCCCCCCCCUGCCCCGCCUCAGGGCCCCCCUGGCCAAUAACCUUCUAUACCUACCCUUUAUACUGCUCGUAUCUGCACCACAUUUCCUCACUUCCUUGCCACUGCGGCCGACGACCCACCAUCCACUACGCCUGCACCUGCACCGC